AUGUCUCCCGAUGUACGGUUAUACCUCUCCUGGCCCUGGCCCCUCCGGCUGAUCCUUCUGUUCACCGGCUUAUCUCACGCAUUCUAUAUUCCCGGCUACUCAAUACGCAGCUACCGCGACGAUGAGAACAUCCCUCUACUCGUGAACAAAGUCUACUCAGACAACAGUCCGUUACAAUACGCCUACUUUGAUCUGCCUUUCGUCUGCCCUCCUACCGGCCACAAGCACCAUGGCUCUUCCUUCGCCAGUGGCCACAGCAUUCCCCUCAACCUCGGAGAAGUGCUUCGAGGUGAUCGAAUCAAGACCUCGGACCUCGAGAUCAAUAUGGGUCAAGACGUCGAGUGCCAGUACCUGUGUGAUCGGGUUGUUGGCCGAGACGAUAUGGCAUGGGCUCAACAGCUGAUCGAGGGAGGCUUUGUCACCGAAUGGAUUCUUGAUAACCUCCCUGGGGCCACGUCUUUCGUCACCCCUGAUCGUGCUCGGAAAUACUACGCUGCCGGCUUCAAGAUGGGUUACAAGGCACUCGACAUGGCCUCUGGCCGGGAACGUUAUUAUCUCAACAAUCAUUACACUCUGGUCGUUCGCUGGCGUAACGCUCCUGGUCGAGCGGGUAACAACGGCGGCAAGGUCAUCGUUGGGUUCGAGGUUUACGCGAAGAGUAUCUAUGGAGCUCACCGUAACGAAACAGGCUGCCCCCUCGAUGUUUCUGCUGACAAUGAACCAUUGGCGCUGUACAUGCCGCCAGUGUCGGGCAGUUUGAAAGAGCAAUACGCUGAUUCUUCGUAUGUCCCGGAGGAAGUGAUCGACAUGAACGACGGGGCCACCAUGACCAUCCCUUACACGUACUCGGUAUAUUUCCGCCAGACGAACGACGUUGAAUGGGCCAAUCGUUGGGAUCUUUACUUCAAUGAUCAAGCCGAGAGCGCCUUCACCCACUGGCUGGCCAUCAUCAACUCACUGAUAAUCUCAGGCAUCCUGGGCGCAGUUUGCAUGGUGAUCUGGGGCCGAACGAUGCAGGGAGAUGUCAAGGGCCGAGGUGAUGGUGUUCUAGAAGAAGCCCGAAUCCGCAUUGCCAAACGCGUCGACAAGAAGAAAUUUGGAGCUGGUCUUCUUGAAAAGAUUGCCGAAACUGGACCGGAUGAUGACCAAUCUUCCGAUGAGGAGCCACUGGAAGAUAUCAGCGGGUGGAAACUCUUACACGGGGAUGUUUUUAGACCACCGCCCUACGGUGGAUUGCUGGCUCCUCUUGUCGGCUCAGGAAUGCAACUCGUCUUCAUGGUUGCUGGUCUCUUGGUCCUCAGCUGCGUCGGAGUACUCAAUCCCAGCUGGCGAGGUGGAUUUUUGAGUGUCGGCGUUGGUCUCUUUGUGUUCGCUGGAGGUUUCUCUGGCUACUUCUCUGCACGCGUCUACAAGACGUUUGGUGGUCAGAACUGGCGCAAAAACACUAUGAUGACGGCACUCCUCUUCCCCGGACUCUUGUUUAUGCUGGUUUUUGUGCUCAACCUUUUCACCUGGGCUCAGGCGUCAUCCACAGCACUUCCAUUCUCUACACUUCUCUUUUUGGCCUGUUUGUGGCUUCUGAUCCAACUCCCUCUGGUCCAUUUGGGAUCAUACUAUGGGUUUCAUCGGUCGGCAGCGUGGGAACAUCCAACGCGCACCAACGCGAUCCCACGUCAGAUCCCGGCUCAGGCAUGGUAUCGAAGACACCAGAUCACUCUGGCACUGAGCGCGGGUCUGGUGUCAUUUGCGGUCCUCUUCAUUGAGCUCAUCUUCGUGUUCAAAUCACUGUACCUGGACAAAUCAUCGUAUUAUUACGUAUUCGGCUUUUUGAGCAUCAUAUCUGCUCUGUUGACCAUCACGAUUGCCGAAACGGUGAUCAUCACAACAUACAUACAACUUUGCGCCGAGAACUACCACUGGUGGUGGCAAUCAUUUUUUGUUGGUGGAGCGUCGGGGUUCUGGAUUUUUGUUUAUUCGGCAUGGUAUUACACGACGCGACUCAACAUCGAAGGGUUCGUGAGCAGCCUUUUGUUUUUCAGUUACAGUGCGCUGGCAUGCGCGGUUUAUGCCCUGGCGACGGGCACUGUUGGUUUCCUGACAGCUUACGUAUUUAUUCGAAGAAUAUAUGGAGGUGUCAAGGUUGAUUGA